ACACCGCUCCUUCUUUUCAAGUAAUCUGUUUUGUACUUUGAUAGCAAGAAAUUGAUCAUCAAGUAGAUCAGCCAAAUAAUCAUUACAAACAAGCAAAAACAAGCAAAAACCAUACCAAGUACACGCAUUGAAUUUCUUCCUAACCUUUGUCAUCAACAUAUGCUAAUUUGUGUAUCACAAAAUCAGAAUCCGGUUUCUCUCCAUCAAUCAAGUGGGGUCAAGAUUUAUGCGGCCGCAGCAAACAAAGUAGCUUUCUCAGAGCUGACCCGAAGAUGGAUCAUCCGACUGGCCCGAAUCAUGGACCUCAUGGAUCAUCUGGUCCUCAUGGACCGAAUGGAUCGAACAUCUUAACUCUUGGUCCAAACAACAUGCCUCUUGGUCCGAAUGGCAUACCUCUUGAUCCAAAUAACAUGCCUCUUGGUGCCAAUGGCGUACCUCUCGUCCUAGAGAGAAAGGCACCGCAGGCAUGCGUAACAUGUAAAAAACAAAAAAGAAAGUGCGAUAAAGUACUUCCAAAUUGUGGUCUCUGCUUCAGAAUGCAGCGACACUGUGAUUAUACUGAACAAACUCCUGCUCCUACGGCUGAGGAUAUCAAUGCUUUACGCAUGAAGCUUGUUGAACUUGAAGCUAAAGUGAAUGGAGGGAAUAUGCAUGCACCUUAUGCUACACCUUCGGGCCCAAUGUCUAGCAGUGGUCCUGAAUAUAUGCAACCACAUAUGCCUGCAUAUGUAGAUCCACAAGAAAGUCCGUUCAAUAAUAUACAAAAUAAGUUCCCCGUUAUGGCUGUUCUUGAUAAUGAAAUUUUCAGGAAUGAAGGGCAAGUGUAAUGUUUCCGGAAAGUCAAUUUUACUUUGCUGACCAAGUUUCAGUUUACCUGUACCUAGACCUUCGGUGAACCCGCCACCAGUAAGUUAGCAUACAUCUGACAUGCUUGUUUUACGAAACGUUUGAAAUCCCAAAUUUCUUCCUUGAAGUGUGUAAUUUUACGUGCGGAUAUGCCCUUGUAUGCGGUCAAUUCAACCUUGAAAUCUACUAAUAGUUACUGUAUAGGAAGUUAAUCAAAUGCUGGCAACUGGACUUCCCAUACCUGCUGUUAUCCUAGAAUACUUUGGCACUGUUCACCACUGUCUUCCUAUAAUAUCUCAUAAGAGGUUAGAAAGAAUGCUCACUACUUCCCCAUGGGAUAGUGGUGCGGACUUAUCUUUGCUAUUCCUUUGUAUGAAGCUCAUCACAUCCAAGCCAGUAGAUGGUCAAGAGUGUCGUCAAAACCCAAUGUACAUUGCGGCAAAACGAUUCGUUGCAUUGUUGGAAGCCUCUGGAAUGGUAUCAUUGAUUCUAUUACAAGCUAGCAUUCUUAUUACUCUUUUCGAGUAUGGACAAGCCAUAUAUCCAGCAGCAUGGAUGUCUGCUGGUUGGUGUUCUCGUUAUGCUAUUUUAUUAGGCAUCAAUGGCUUUGACACAUCUCCUCAAUUGAUCGGUCCUGUUGUAAGCAUUGUCUUCCAUUUUCAUGUUGCAUAUCUAACUAGAUUUAAUUUUCAGGAUACUUGGACUGAGCAAGAAGAACGAUAUCGGACUUGGUGGGGCGUUCUUAUACUUGAUAGGUAAAUUUGUUAUCUUGAGUCUCAUUGUCAGCAGCUAACAUAUAAUAGGAUGGUCUCCAUAGGAAGCAAAAGUCACCUCUUGACCACUCAAGAACCAAAAGAAGAAGACCCAUUGCCUGUUGAUGAUAUUGCCUGGGUAAGCUCUGGAUGUAAAGGUCUAUAAUGUCGAUCUAAUGGGGAUUUAGGAUAAUGGCGACAUGAAUCAAACGGUUCAAAGAUCUGUAUCUACUUCGCUCACUGAAUCUGUAACACCAUUUGCUCGCCUAUGCCAAGGGUCUGUGCUGUUGGGAAAUGUUCUCCGUCACCAUUAUACGGAAAAGAUUCCCUCGGAGACAGCUCGUUUUGAUAUAGCAUAUCAACUAUUCGAAAACUGUUCUGUCCUCGCUCGUGAAGUCAAUGAAGAAGCGGUCGCCUCUAGAGAUUAUCUCAUGUUAGCAACACCUCUCGCCAUUAUUUACAGCGCAAUCAUCGCUCUCCUUGAUCCCUAUUCCUGUCCCGCAGAUAGUUCAUGCAGCGCAGCAACUUCCUCCGAGAAAGGAGUCAUGAUGAAUCAAGCCAUCAAAGGUCUCCAAGAUUUCUCACAAAGCGUGGUUCAAUUUGCAGAGCGCGUUAACAGCCAAGCUCAGGCACAACAAGAUCUUGAUAAAGUUAGCCCGUUAAUAAUGGAUUCUUUGUGGGCAGCAGGUCAGCAUUAUAUGUGGGCGUGGAAAGAAAGUCGCAAUCCACAAUCACAAGAAGCGUUGGAAAUUAUCCGAAAUUGCUUAAGAAGAUUUCAAACUAGAUGGAGAAAUGCGGCUGAGUAUUUGAGGAUCUUUGAUGGUCAGGAAUUUGGACAAUUUACUUCUGCGCUUGGGAGUGCUAAACAGAUUAGUGGUAGUUAAUCUGCUUGUGCCUUUUUUGUAGCUGCCAUUUCGGUGUGGUACUUUGCACGUUGUUCUAUUGGGCUUUCUCAAGGUUAGGUUACAGGAUAUGUACAGAUUUGAUUAUAUCUACAUUGGAGCUGGGCUUAUAAAUCUAGUACUUUAUUUUCGGACCA